GUGACCAGCACGAAUCGUCGUCUGUAGUUGAUCCGCGGGAAUAAAGGCAGUAACCCCUGUUUGCCAUGAGGCUUUACACGCCGACAGGGGUUUAUGGGUCGAGGACAAGCAAAACUAAAGAUAAAAAGCACGCGGAAAAUGGGUGCAGCCUGUAACACAAAGACCCCUUGGUGUUCGACAGCACCCCCAUCUUCCUUUAACAGAGCGCGCCCCCCCUCCCCCUCCACCCCCUUUCUCUGGUCGUGGUGCAUUAUGGGGAAAGUCGUUGCCAUUCGACCUCUGCAGGGCCUGCGCGGACGCAGCUAGAACCCUGAAAUUCAUUAUGCCUUUAAAACCCUUAUUUAUUUCCGCAUAACCUACACACUGUCACCGGGAGCCCGCCGCGGAGAACAACGACGACCGUCCACCUCAUUCGAGAUUUUAACCAAUACAAUUUAUACAUUUGAAAUUUGACGGGGAGAAUACAGUUGGAAGAAGUGAAGAUUGCAUUAUAUUAAGAAAAUGUCCGGAGAGAGAAACCGCAGGACGCUUGCUUUCCGAGGAGGUGGAUUGGCUGCAGCGGGUUCCAGCGGUAACGGUGGGGGUAAGACAAACAGCUGUGAGGCCUGGGCCUGUCAAGAACAACAUUUGAACGGUAACAAGCCCGAUCAAGAGGGGGACCGGGACCUGGAAGCGAAAGGACCAUCGCAGGGAACAGUGGACGGCACCGGAUCUGUCAGCGAUAGCACUGAACCCGAGGUGGAGGAAGAAGAGGACCCGGAAGGGGGUAGCUGGGCAGCCGACGAGAGUGACGACCGCGUCGGCUCUGUGGAAGGGGAAAACGACUCGACGGAGCGAAGCAGCGGGUCCGCAGAGAACUGUCCGGGGAACAAUUUAGACGGUGUGUCGGCGGGGAGCGGAGGGACGGGAUCCGAGGAUAACAGAGUCGAGGCAGGCUCCCGGAAAUCCUGGCUAAAGAUGAGACCUCAAAAGCAACUUCAGAAACAUUCUCUAUUUCACGCGUCGUGGUUGCAAGAGUUUCCAUGGCUCAAAUUUUGCCAAGAAAGGGGACUCAUGUCUUGCUCUUGGUGUCACAACAUUGCCACCAAGAACAGCGACGAGCUUGUGAAAGGCAGUCGGAACUAUAAGCGGGCCUUGCUGCUGAGGCAUCACCUGUCUUCUGAACACGGGAGGAACGACCCGACCAAGCAGGACUCAGAAAGGACCUCCGAAAAUUCCAGCCCCUGCAACAUCCCCCCGGAGGAGGACUAUCGCAACAAGCCCAACGAGAACUCCUACUGCUACCAGCUGCUGCAGGAGCUGGACAAGCAGCGCAGGGGCGGCGUCCUCUGUGACGUCAACAUCGUGGUGUGCGGCCAGGUGUUCCGCGCGCACAAGAACAUCCUGGUGGCCGGCAGCCGCUACUUCAAGACCCUCUACUGUCUGUCCAAGGGCGACGGCCAGGACCAAGGCACGGUCACGCACCUGGACGUCGCCGCCGUGCAGGGCUUCUCGGUCCUCCUCGACUUCCUCUACUCCGGGAACCUGCUGGUGACCAGCCAGAACGUCAUCGAGGUGAUGUCGGUGGCCAGCUACCUGCAGAUGACGGAGGUGGUGCGGACGUGCCGCGCGUUCAUCAAAGACGCCCUGAACAUCAGCAUCAAGCAGGAGGUCCCCGACGCCGUGGUGGUGGACUACAACAAGCGGCGGACGGUCACCACCGACGGCCACCCGCUGGACCGCAAGCCCAGCAACUUCUGGGCCACCAACAUCCUGUCCAAGCUCUCCAUCAAGGCCAGCUGCACAAGCGGCGGCGGCGGCGGCGGCGGCGGCGGCAGCAACGGCACCGGCGGCCCGGCCAAAGAGGCGUCCGAGGCGGUGAAGGAGGAGGUCAGCGACGUGGAGCUGUCGGCGGCCGGCGGCGAGGGCUGUGCCCUGGGGGCCUCCGGCGCGUCCGGGGGCUGGGGCCGCCACAACGACAGCUCCCCCUACUCUGCGGACGCCAGCGAGACGCAGGGCCACGACGGCCAGGGGCAGGUGUUCGUCUGGAACGAGCCGGCCACGGGCGGCGCCGCGGCCGCGCCCGCCGCAGCCAUAAAGCGCGAGGCGGCGGGGAGCGGCCGCAGGAAAAAGCAGGCGACCACCCGGCGAUUCGUGUACAACGUCCAGCCUGAGCCGGAAGAGGGCUUCGACGAGGGCAUGUUCAUCCAGCCCUCGGCCUCCUACCCCCGGGAGGACUUCUCCUACCUCUCGGAAAACGCAGAGCUGGCCAAUCAGAUCCAGUACAGCGAUCUCCAAGACUCGCAGCAGGGGGAGUCCUGGGAGAACGGUGAGUCCUCGGACCUGGCCCUCAACAAGCUCAAGUGUCCUCACUGUAACUACAUCGCCAAGCACCGGCGCACGCUCAAGAGGCACCUGAUCAUCCACUCCGGCGUGCGCUCCUUCAGCUGCGACAUCUGCGGCAAGCUGUUCACACGGCGCGAGCACGUCAAGAGACAUUCCCUGGUGCACAAGAAAGACAAGAAGUACAAGUGCAUGGUGUGCAAGAAGAUCUUCAUGCUGGCGGCCAGUGUGGGCAUCCGCCACGGCUCGCGGCGCUACGGCGUGUGCGUGGACUGCGCCGACUCCCACCAGGCCUCCCAGGGCGGCCUGGAGGGCCUGGACCCAAUGGAGUUCGCCCGCGACGACGACGACUUUGACGGCGAGGAGGGCGAGGAGGGAGAAGAGGCGGACGACGCGGCCGACAUCGACCAAUCAAACUGGGGCGAGGCCGCCGCCCCCCCGGACGACUGAAGUUUGUGGUUCUUCCGACGUUUUUCUUUGUUUUAGUUUUUUGUUUUCGAAGCAAGCUUAAGAAAUUAAAUGAGAGUUUUAAGAUAAUUUUUAUUUAAUGUUUUAAUAUAUAUUAGAGGACGAGUAAAUACAACUUAAAACUCUAGCUGGUAAACAAUCAACUACUCCAAAGUGCUAUCCAACCGCAAGGUUACGUAACGCGUUUAUGACAAAGAAAAGGCGACUACAGAAGCUUUGGUUUAACAGAGGGUUCCUCAAAGAUGUACACAUUUUAUAAUCCUUUGAAUAUGUGCUCAGUAGAGUUUUUUUUAACGAGGCCCUAAUACGAAAAAUCAGGUUCUUUCUUGGUGAUACGUGUUUUUUUUGUUUUUAGUCUUUUCCUGUUUUAUCCGGGUUAGAGGGUGGGUGAUAGGGUGUACAUAGUGUUAAGUCACGAUCGGCCAAUCAUUGCGAGCGAGAGAGAGAACGAGGGAAAGAAAAACUAGUUAAUUAUUUAAUUUAUGAAGAGGUUGUAAUGGUCUUAUUUGAAAUGCUCGAAUUGUGAGUCGUGUCGUCUGCUUCUGCUAGCAGAGAGGCAGUCGUCUGUGUUCUGUUCAGCAUGUGUCGCGCAUCGCUAGCCGCGAGUGUUUAGCGCACGCCGGCGCCUGAAAUAAUUAGCAGACAGGAAGAUUUAUUAACUUUGCUAUGUAGAUUGACUCGUUUUAGACGCGCUAAGGUUGUCGUCAUCGUCGUUGUUGUCGUUAUUAUUAUUAAUAUUGUUAUUUUUCUUUCUUUCUUACCUGCACAAUCUUGGAACCAAAUAUCUGUUUUGUGACGCUAAUGUAUCACAGCCAUAUUUAUGAUUAAUUUAAGAGGGCUGUGCUAUUGUGCCAAGCAGACCGCACACCAAGAUAUCGCAGGAAACCUAGAACUACUGAAACACGCUUAAAAAAGAGAAGUGGAUGGUGCAAGACUGUUUUUUUAAGCUGGGGGGGGGUGGGGUGGGGG